AUCAGAAGGCCGGUUGGGUAUUUGUAUAAUGAAGAAUUAUGGGGCUCUUUGACAGAGGUGUUCAGAUGCUUUUAACCACCGUUGGUGCUUUCGCUGCCUUCAGCCUCAUGACCAUAGCUGUGGGGACCGAUUACUGGCUCUACUCCAGAGGGGUUUGCAAGAUGAAAGGUACGGGCGAGAAUGAAACCAGCAAAAAGAACGAGGAAGUCAUGACCCAUUCUGGAUUAUGGAGAACCUGCUGCCUGGAAGGGAAUUUUAAAGGUCUGUGUAAGCAAAUCGAUCACUUCCUCGAGGACACGGAGUAUGAAGCCGACACAGCAGAAUAUUUCCUCCGGGCUGUGAGGGCCUCUAGUAUUUUUCCGAUCCUGAGUGUGAUUCUGCUUUUCAUGGGUGGACUCUGCAUUGCAGCCAGCGAGUUCUACAAAACCCGACAUAACAUCAUCCUUAGUGCCGGCAUCUUCUUCGUGUCUGCAGGUCUGAGUAAUAUAAUUGGCAUCAUUGUGUACAUAUCAGCCAAUGCUGGAGACCCUUCGAAAAGCGACUCCAAGAAGAACAGUUACUCUUACGGCUGGUCCUUCUACUUUGGGGCCCUGUCCUUCAUUAUAGCUGAGAUGGUGGGAGUGCUGGCCGUACACAUGUUUAUUGACCGGCACAAACAGCUGCGUGCCAGCGCUCAUGCCACGGACUACCUCCAGUCCUCUGCCAUCACCCGCAUACCCAGCUACCGCUACCGCUAUCAGAGACGCAGUCGCUCCAGUUCCCGUUCCACCGAGCCUUCACACUCCAGGGAUGCCUCUCCCGUCGGGAUCAAAGGGUUCAACACCCUCCCGUCAACGGAGAUCUCGAUGUAUACCUUGACCAGGGACCCCCUGAAGGCUGCCACCACGCCCACCGCCACCUACAAUUCAGACAGGGAUAACAGCUUCCUCCAGGUUCACAAUUGUAUCCAGAAAGAAAACAAGGACUCUAUCCACACUAACACAGCCAACCGCCGGACCACCCCCGUAUGAAGCCAUCGAGAGGGGCUGAAAAUGGGGGCAGGGGAGGUGGGAGCGGGAAUUGGGUGCAAGAUGGGAGGGAGCGGUGGGGGCGGGCAGGGAGGGAGAGGAGAAAGCAACCAUGGGGAAACCUUCCAAAAGCAAAAAAACAAACAAACAAACAAACUUAAGUGAAACAUCUGAAAAGAAACAACAAAAAGUUUAAAAAAAAGGAAAACGAAAAAAACAAAAAACUUCAAAAAAAAUCAAGAGAAAGAAAUAUAAAAAAUAGAAAAUAAAUUUAAAAGAAAAUGCAUGAUUUCCCAUGUACCAUUAUUUUAACAUUUAAUAAAAACAGAUUUAAAAAAGGAACCGAGAAAUAACAAAAAAAAAUUAAAAUACCAAGCGGGAAGAGGAGGCAGCUCUUUGGAUCUUUUUUUGUUUGUUUGUUUUAUUCUUUAAUUUUACAUUUUCUUUUCACUUUUAACCUACUGUGGACUUGCAGAUUCCUGAGGAUCUCCAGGGGCAGGCGGUAGUGAAAUGCAGCGGUUUGGGUGUCACGGUGGAUGCCUCUUUGCACAUGGACAGUGGCCUGCCUAAAUUUACCGAACCCUCUGGAGUGACUAAUGAUUCAACGUGAUCUUGUUGGUCCACUGGGCUUAACAGUGACUCUCCUGUCCUUGGGGAUUCCAGGGAUUAAUGCUGAUUCACUGAUCUCCAGGUCUCAGGAAGCUAAGGCUGACCAGCUCAGCCCCGCUAGCCUGUGAUUACCCUGGUAUUAACAGUUACAUUGCAAAAAAACAAAAACAAA